AUGUCGGACUUACCUCAAGGACCCCUGCCGGUUGAUUGCGAAGAAUCCGUCUUUAACAUUAUCCGUGAUGUCGGUGUUAGUGUACUCACCUUGUCGGUCCUACGCAAGCGCCUUGCGGCGAAGUAUAAGAUCGACUUUUCUCCCCACGACUCCGCCGUAGAGGCUGCCGUCCAGAAUUAUCUGAGCUCGCCUGAAGGUCUGAAAGAGCUGGCGAAGGUACGGUUGGCGAAAGCGGAAGGGCCUGUGGGUGGGAAGGGGAAGAAGCGCGCUCGCUCGCCGAAGGAGAGCGGCAAGGAAUCUAAAAAAGAGAAGAAUGGAAAAUCUAAAAAGGUUAAAAAGCCUGACGAUUACCCCAAAGCAGCUUUGUCCGCGUACUUCAUCUUCGGCAAUCAGCAAAGGGAGAAAAUCAAGAUGGAAAAUGUUAAUAUGGUGAAUACUGAAAUUAUCAAGGAAGUGGGCCGCCGCUGGGCUGACCUCUCCGAAGAGGAAAAGGGGAACUAUAAAAAGCUUGCGGAAGCUGAUAAGGCGCGUUUUGACACUGAACUGAAGGCCUACAUCGCCGAUGGGGGCCAGAUGUACAAGCGUGGCAAAAAAGACGGAAAGAGUUCAAAAGGAGAAUCUAAAGGCCCCAAACGCCCCUCAACAUCCUUUAUUUUCUUUUCAAAAGACUUUCGAAUUGAUCACCCAGAGCUGAGCAUGAUCGAGCAAACAAGGCAGGCUGGGAUGGAAUGGAAAAAGCUGAGUGAUGAAGAUAAAAAGCCAUUUGAGCUGAAGGCGGCGCAGGACAAGGAGCGAUACAAUCUUGAAUGUCAACAACAAGGAUUAAAGACAAAAUCUUCUAAUGCUUCAAACGCAGCGGUGAUGGUGGACGACACUGCUAGCUCCUCUGACGACAGCUCAAGCUCUGGUAGUGAUGGUGACUAG